AUGACGCCGCCGGUGAUGAUGCACGGGCGUGAGAGGCGCGGAUCGAGAGGCGCGACGGCGAUGGGUCCGUGGGCGAAUACGACGCCGCUGGUUCCGCGCGCGCACGCGUUUCCAUUCGCGGGCGCUCCGCCCGCGACGAUGAUGCGCGUCAUGCCGGCUUUCGGGCCCAAGGUGGAUAGUUUGAGAAUGCAGUCGGCGAUGACGAAGCGUUUGGACGCGCAGGAUGGGGGGCGCGUGGCGGCGAUGAUGCGCGCGCCGUUUGCGCCCGUGGCGGCGUUUGGCGUCGCGCCCGUGCCGUCGGCGCGACCCGUCGGCGUCGCGCCGCCGGUGCGGACGACGACGAAAUCGCUGAGUGCGAGCGAUGGAAGUCAUAACACGACGCACCUCGAUGGCGAUGGUGAGGACGCGCCAGCGAUCGAAGAUUGCGCCAGCACGGAGCGGUUGACGCAGAGGCAAGACGCGCACUUUUCGGGACGCGCGGGCCACGGGCUGGCGGUGAUGAUCCCGCAAACGUCGUUCGACCAGGUGCCGUUGGCGCUCAGAAACGCCCGUCUCGAUGCGUUGGCGAUUCCCGAUCGUUCGCAAACCCCUGGAGUGAAGUCUCCGUUCUCGGCGGCGAACGUAUUGUUGAACAUGAUGGCUUGCGGGUCGGAUGAAGAAAACGAGGCCCCCGGGACGCGCGGCAACAAGCGCGACAGUCUCCACCCGCUGUCGGUUCCUUGCCCGAAGAAGAGAAGAACGUCGAAGAGUUUGCGAGCGAGAUCGAACUUGAACACGCUAAACGUCGAUGCGAAGCCUGAAGCAGCGGCGGAGGCGCACGCCUCGGGCAAGCCCAAAGCGCACCGUCCUUGGAGUCUCCCCGAGGUCGAGGCACUCGUUCGCGGCGUUGCGCACUAUGGUCGCGGCCAGUGGGCGGACAUCAAGGCUCUGCGCCUCGAUGGCGUCUCGGAAACAUUGAUCAACCGCAGCGCAGUGGAUCUCAAGGAUAAGUGGCGCAACCUCCUGCGUGUCGCCGUGCUCCCCGCUCUGUACAAGCGUCGUGAGAUCAACGGAGUGCCGGCGGAGAUCCUGGAGCGAGUUCGAGUCCUCGCUUCGGCCAAGGUUGAGGCGCGCGUAGGCAAGCACGGCGCUCCGCGCGACGCCGUGGGUAAGGGCAUGAGCGUCGCGACGGUCAAGAUGAGCUCUCCCGGUCAGAGCGACGCCGACAAGACAGAGGAUGACGCCGGUGCGAAGGGCGUGCGCCGAAGCAAGCACCACUCGCCGUGGACAAUGAAAGAGGCGAUGGCGCUCGUCGACGGCGUCGACAGAUGCGGAGGUUGUCGAUGGACGGUGAUUAAGAAGUCUGACGAUCCAGCGCUCGGACGUCGCACCGCCAUGGACCUCAAGGAUAAGUGGCGCAAUUUGCUCCAGCUCGCAUCUCUUCCGCCGCAAUCGAGGCGCAAGCAAGAGACUCCGGCUGAUUUCUUGCAGCGCGUCCUCGAUCUCGAGGCCAAAUACGGCGGAGCCCGACGCAAGGGUCGCAAGCCUGUAAACAAGAUGGCGCAGGCGUGA